ACCUACAACACCUUUUAUCGGGUACGUAUUUUCAACUUCUGCACUUGAUCAUCUUCUUUCCUUUUUCUGCCGACCGGUUUUCUUUUUUUUUUUUACUUGGACUCGAUCCUUUUUUCUCGCAGACUUGCACUUGAUCGCUUACCAAAUUGGUUGAUAGGUUUCUAUGAUGAAGACUGCAAAUAAUAAAACAGUGCGUCGUCGCCUUCAUUUUGACGAAGAACAUCACGGACAAUUGAAUAACUUUUUUGAUGGUCGGUUGAAUGGCUCAGGUGCCUCCCAUGAUGACUCAUGUGACUUUCAAAGUUUUAUACUUCCAUCAGAUAUUGGUGGCACCGGGAACAUUGAUUAUUUUGGAGUAUUAACUGAUAUCAUAGAAUUAGAUUAUCAAGGGCAUACAGUUGUUCUUUUUAAGUGUGAUUGGUGGGAUGUUUCUAGUAGAGGUUGUAAGGAAGAUAAAUAUGGGUUCACGUUAGUAAAUGUCACUCGUAAACUGAAAAGUAGUGCUAAUGAACCUUUUGUAUUAGCUACUCAAGCUGAACAAGUGUAUUAUGUUCCAGAUACAAAAGACCCAAAUUGGCAGGUUGUAAUCAAGACAAAACCCUGUGAUUUGUAUGAUUUUCCCCCUGAUGAAGAUGCAUUUGGACCAUGUCAAGAAGAUGAGGACAUUGGAGUGAUACAACAAGCGAAUUUGUUUGAAAGUGAGGAUGGAAUUUUAAGUGAGGAUGGAAUUUUAAGUCGAGAAGAAUUAGUAGAAGUUACUGUUGAACAAGGGCCAAUAAAUUCAGAAAUGGUAAUUGCAGAUGAAGAUGAGGAGGAUGAGAUUGAUUAUGAUGAUGACCUUCUUUCUAGUGAUGAUGAAAUGUUGGUGCUCGAUGAAGAUACAGAUGAUGAUUUGUAAUCAUGUAUUUUAUUCUUUUUGGUCUAGUGUUGGUGUGUUAUGAUUUUUGAUUGGAGCCCUUGGGGGAGAGCAUAGUAAACAAAUAUAUAACACCUAGCCCACUUCUAGAGCUUCCUUAUGAGUUGUGCUUGUGAUUCUUCAUUUUUUGUAUUAAUUUUUCGGUAUUCAGUAAUCACAUUGGAUCCCGAUUAAUUUGGAAUUGAAUCACAUGAAUUCCAUUAUCCAUUCAUGAGACUCAAAUUCAAGACUUUAUUUAAGAAAAAUCAAAUUUCUUC